GACUCUGUUUGUAACCACACACACACACACACACACACGUGCGGAAACAGACACACGCACUCAUAGAAUGGAUCUGUGAGGAUCUUGAGUUGGUUUACUUUUAAGUUGUACAUCGACCACGGAGACAGCACCAUCACUGAUUUUCUUUUUUGCUGCACUGAACAACGAGAGUGACCGAGUGAUAAGUCAUCGACUAAGAGAGUGCUGUUUCCCUCGGCCGAAAGUGGGGAACCGGCAGCGUGGGUUUGCUCAUGCCUUCGAUAUUUGCUUGUGAAAUAGGCGCAGUAUGGGUACAACUGCCAGUGCUGCCCCUCCACCAGCAUCUGAAAGCUUCCAUAGGAACACUGUGAUGGACAGCAGGCAGCCUCUAAGCCCCGCCCCCUUCAUCCACAGCAACCGAGCCAAAUCCAUCAUCACCAAUAAAGUGGCUCCGGUCGUCAUCACCCUUAAUUGCAAACAAGAGUUUCAGAUCCAUGAUGAUGUCAUCAAGACCAAUUAUACCAUGGGCUGCAUUUCUGAUAACAUGCCUGAACAUUUUCUGGUGCAGGGUCGUUACUUUAUGGUGAUGGACGUGUUCAAUAAAGCAGACGUUCUCAACACCACCGCCUCGUGUGGAGCUCCAAACUUCCGUCAGGUCAGAGGGGGUUACCCCGUGUUUGGAAUGGGCCAGCCCAGCUUGGGUGGUUUCAAACAGGUUCUGUACACAAUGCAGAGCCAAGGACAUCAGGAGGUGAUAGUGUUCUGUGUGAGGGAGGAGCCAGUGGUGUUCCUGCGUGUGGGUGAUGAUUUUAUUCCAUACACACCACGAAAGAAGGAGAACCUGCAUGAGAACCUACAGGGCUUGAGUAAGAACAUUCAUGUUGAGAAACUCGAACUCAACAUCAGGAAAGAGCUGCAUGACUUCGCCCGGCUGAGUGAGAACACCUUCUACAUCUACAACGACAUCGAACAUUUUAAAGAUCAACCUCAGAAGAUCAUCAUCACCUGUGAGGAGGACAUUCACAUCACUGAGGAGGUUUACAGGAGGCCUGUUUUCACAAUGCCAUCAUACAGGUAUCACCGUCUGCCUCUGCCAGUAGAGGGCGCUCCAUUGGAGGAGCACUUUGAUGCCUUUGUAAACAUCUUAAGGGAGACCCCAUCUCUGCGUGUAAGAGGGGGCGGGGCCAGUGCUCCGCCCACUCUGCUGUUCAGCUGUCAGGUCGGUGUGGGUCGUACCAACAUGGCCAUGAUCCUAGGGGCCCUGGUGAUGGAGAGAGUGAUGGGGAAUACACAAACUUCACCGUCGAUACCUGAUGAAGAAGAAUCAACCCCUGAAGUUCAUUUCCGGGUUAUCGAGACACUUAUCAGUAAACUGCCUGAAGGUCAACAAGUUGUAGACGAGGUGGAUCGAAUUGUUGCUCUUUGUUCUGAAAUGCACAACGUUAAAGACGCAAUUUACGAGAACAAGAAGAAGCUGGAUGCCAUUGCAGAGGAUUACCAGACCCAGGGAAACAGUACUAAGCUGUAUUUCCUGCAGCGGUUGAUUCAGAGUUUGGAACUUUACGUCUACCUGAUCCUCUUCAACGCCUACCUUCAUGAACAGCAUUCACUUGCUUUCUCUCGGAGCUUCAGCCAGUGGAUGUGUGCUAAUGCCUGGGUGUACCGCCUUCUGUCCCACCUCGACCAAUCAGAGCUCAGAGCACCUGCUGACCUCAUCACAAGAGGAGCCAGAGUUCUGGUAGCUGAUGAGUUCUUGGCUCCAGAUGUUCUUCUCACCUUGAAGGAAAUGAAGGUGGCAAAUUUCAGAAGAGUUUCCAAGAUGCCCAUAUAUGGAAUGGCCCAACCUACAGCAGAGGCGCUGUCUGUGGUCCUGUCCUACCUUGCGGAUGAGAGAAGGGGCUACUCUGUGGUUCUGUGGGUGUGUGUGCAGGACGAGCUGGUGUUAGAGUGUAACGGCCAGAUGUUCUACCCCCGAGAACCGACAUACCUCGAGCAGCACAUCUCCCUGUACAACGCUUUAGCUCAAGAGAUCCAGGAGUUGGAGCACUCUUUAAAGGAGGAGGUGUUAGGUUCUCAGAAGUGGUUAGAGGUGACUCUGGAGCAGGAAAAGCAGAUGAAGAUGUUUAAAAGCUGCAGGACUCUGGAGGAAAUCUUCAGCUCAUGCAAACACACUCACAAGGGUCUGCAGUACGCACGUAUCCCUCUGCCUGAGUGUGCAGCACCUAGGGAGGAGGACUUUGACAGACUGCUGGAGGCGAUGAAAAGUGUGUUAGCUGAAGAUUGUCGUGCUGCGUUUGUGUUUAAUUGUGCGAAUGGUCGCAGCAGGAGCACCACCGCCAUGACCAUCGCCACACUCACACUCUGGCACUUCAAGGGAUUCCCAGAGUUUGGUGAGGAGGAGAUCGUCAGUGUUCCUGAUGCUAAAUACACCAAGGGGGAGUUUGAGGUGGUGAUGCGUUUGAUUAGACUCCUCCCUGAUGGCCACAGAAUGAAAAGAGAAGUUGAUAUCGCUCUGGAUUCAGUGAGUGAGACGAUGACGCCUAUGCACCAUCACCUACGGGAGAUCAUCAUCUGUACCUACAGACAGAUGAAGAGCUGUAAGAGUGAACAGGAGCGUGGAUCCCUCAUGUUGAAGAGCGUGCAGUAUCUGGAACGCUACAUGUACCUGAUCCUCUUCAACACCUACCUGCACCUGGAAAAGAAGAACUCGCUACAGCGCUCCUUCUCCACCUGGAUGCACCAGGUGGCUGCUCGAGCAGGAGUCUAUGAGCUCCUGAACCAGCUGACGUUCUCAGAGUUUGAAAACCAAUCAGAGUCGCCGUUCUCCCGUCUGCGGUUCCGCUGGAGAGAACCGACCAACCGGAACCUUCCGUACCGAGGGCAGAUGUUGUGAGAUCAGGUGGAGGAGGCGGAGUCAUGGUGGAGAGAGUAGGAGGAGACAGGAGAACUCGAUGGAUGAUGAAGAGAGAAAUAGAGAGAAAUCUUCAGAUGCUGGUUUUUAUGCUCACUAAACUUUAGGAAAUGAUUUUGAUAAUAAAACGUAAUAUUAUAUUUUCUAACUGCUGAGUUUUAGUGCCGGGAUCGAGAUCAUAACGCGUUCGAUUUAAUCCAGAUGUUUUUUCAUUGAUCCACUUGUCAUGUCUUGUCUCACUCUAUUACUAAAGACACGUGGAGGAUCUGUUGUGAAAUCUUCUAAACCUCAUCAGAAAGCUGCUGGUUCUAUUUUGUUGUGUAGAAAACACUUUCAACAUACAUUCUAAGCGAAGCAGCUAACGUUAGCUAGACUGGUAGAGUCCGAGUUCAGGGUUCUGGAUGAAGAGAAGAAGCUGCAUCACUGCAGACUUUUGGUGAAAAAAUAUAAAAACAGUAUCCAUGAUAUGAAAUUGUUUACUUUCCCAGAAGUGUUCAGUUCAGCUCAGUAUUGUUUACUCCGUGUCCAUGUUCUGCUCCGCCCGGGGCGAGUCGGGUCUCCUCGGCCAGUCCAGGGGCAGCCUAAUGAUUUUAUCAGCUGGAGUCACGUGUAAAAGGCCUUCACGUGAGCGUCUGCAUAUAGCAGCCAUGAUGAAGCUUCUCAGGGUGGAAACUUCAGUAGAUACAGCAGACCUGCUUUACGUCUAUACACACAUCUGGACCAUAAAACAUCAGUAUUACCUUGUUUCCUUUAUAAAAUGUUUGUAUUUGUUUUGAAUUGUUUCUGUAUGAAAGAAUCUGUUACUCGCCGUUUACUUCUUUACACUUUUAGUCAAUUUACUGAUCAUUAACAUUUAAGCAGAUUUUAAUGAAAUGCACAUUUUUUUUUCUGAAGGAUGUUUUUGCACUCAGCAUUAAAUAUUUUAAACACA